UGUCAACUCAACUACUCAACAUGUCAAUAAGAUUUUAUCAAGGUCAGAAUAUAAUAACACUUUUUUGAGGAAAUCCUUUCACGAAAUACGAAAUAAUGAUAUUAAUACGACUACAGCUAUAAAAUUGGUUAACUUUCACUUACCUUGAAAGGUAUUCGGCGGUAAAUUUGAAAUGUCAGAAAGGAAAAGUAAAUUUGGUCAGAAACAACUGUUUAAUUAUUUGUCAAAAGAUUUUCAUGAGUUAGUCAAUAACAAACAAGCGAUGAGAGCUGCAAUGGAAACGUUCUUGAACAAUUUAAUAGACGAAUUAACUUUAGGAAUAAUAUUUGAUGUACAUAGGAAACACAAAAUAAAUGCUUUUGAUUUAGAUGUAGAUGAAAAUAGUGAAGAUGUUGAUGCAGUAGACUUUGAAUAUCUGUCGCAUAAUACAAAAAAGAACCAAGACUGCGUGUGUCCCAAUUGUGAUCGAGCUGUGGCUGCCACGAGAUUCGCCUCACAUCUAGAAACCUGCAUGGGUCUGGGCCGGACAUCGAGAAAUGCUUCACGACGAGCUGUUUGCAACAGCAAGGAUAAUACAACAUAUAGCGGAUUACCAAGUGAUGAUGACGAUGAUGUCAAUUGGGGUUCAGUUAAACAACGGAAAAAGAAAAAGGACAAAAACGGAACUAAAAAGAGUAGAGGUACACCUAAGAAGAACUACGACCAAUCUGAUUCAAUCGACUCAUUAAACGUUGAUAUCGAAGGAGAAGAUGAAGAACUGACCAAUCUUAGAGAUAUUUUAAGACUUCAGGACCACUCAAACAGUACCUCUCCAGCUGAUUCAGCUUCUAGUUCCGGAUCGACGAAGAAAAAAGAAAAAUCGAAAAACAAAAAGUCCAAUAAAAGGGAGAGACGCUCCCCUAGCCCUAAUUCAACUUUAGACUAAAUAUCCUAUAUAGUAUUAUUGGUUGUGAUUUUGUUUAGAUGUAAAUUCAUUUUUAUUACA